AUGGAGAGACUCCUCGUCCUGCUGUCCCUGCUGUGCCUGGGCGUCUCCUCUCAGCCAAUCACAGGAGGCCAGUGUCUUUCCAUCGUGGUCAGCAGAGCCCAGCACCUCCACCGCUGGCCCAGAAACAUCUUCUCUGACUUUGAGAACACUCUGCAGAGCGAGGAGCAGCGGCAGCUCAACAAAAUCUUCCUGCAGGACUUCUGCCACUCGGACUACAUCAUGAGCCCCAUCAACAAGCAGGAUACACACGCAGCUCCGUGAGUUCUGAAGCUGCUCUCCAUCUCCUACCGCCUGGUGGACUGCUGGGAGUUCCCCAGCCGCUCUCUGUCCACAGGCUCCGCCCAGAGGAACCAGAUCUCACUGAAACUGUCUGAGCUGAAGACGGGAAUCCUGUUUCUGAUCAGGGAGAACCAGGACGCUGCAGACGCCUUACCUGACAGCUCGUUUGCAAGCUUCUACCAGAGCGUGACAGCCGAGGCUCUGACUCGAACCUACGAGAUCCUGGCCUGCUUCAAGAAGGACAUGCACAAGGUGGAAACCUACCUGACCGUGGCUAAAUGUCAGCUCCCAGAAGCCAACUGCACGAUGUAG